ACGACCAUCUUCUUCACCCCGCUACCAGCCACAACCAAGUCCUGUCUUCAUAUAACCAACUUCUGAUUGUAUAGUUUAUUAUAUAAGUCAUUAUUGUAACGCUGUGUUUGGCUUUUCUCCUACUGUUCUUACCUAACUUUAUGAAACCGAAAUCAAAUGAAUUACAAGUCAGUAAUCCCUACAAGCGGGUGUUAGAGGGAGGGAGCUUGUCUCGGCGGGUACUUUACUUUACUUCCUCUUCACCGCUAUCUACUUAUCUAUCUAUUUCUACUCACCUACCUAUCUAUCUAUGUAUUAAUUUACCAGUCGAAAUUUAAUGAGUUAAUCCACCUAUUUAUAUAUUUUUUUUAUUUACAAACCAAAUUUUACUGAACUAUCCACCUAAUGUUUAUCUUGCUAUAUAUCCACAUGGGUUGUCUACACGCUUACAAAGUUAGUCAAAAGAAUAGUAGUGGAGUAGAUUAUGAUACUGCAGCAUUAAUUUUGUAAAAAAAAAAAAAAGGCCUAAUCUUGAAAAGUAAAUCUGGCAGGUUGGCAACCCUGCCAGAUGAGUACACGUCGUGUCUCGUGACCUGUGUGGAGUAAAGGGUCACGGGUCUAUCAGUUCUCGUGUACCCACAAACCUCCCCCCACCAUUCCUCACGACCAGAGUUGCAGGACUAUCCAGUGUUGCAAGACUCCUCACCGACCGCCCUCCCAGCGACGCAGCCACUGCAAGCAUUCUCCAUCAUGGGCUUCCCACACGCCCUGCUCCUGCAGCAGCACUUCAUGAACUAUCAACUCCUGUAUAACCAAUACCUCAUCCCCAGCCUCCUAUUGUCUCUCAACUUCCCUGGCUCGCCCGACAAAUCUCCUGGCAGGCCACUGGGAGAGGAAAUCGUGCAACAAUUUUUUCGGGACAAAAACAGUACUCAAGGGUGGCCGACAAUGGAGAAAAAAUACAAAUAUUUCCUUCAAGCUACCCAAAAGUUUUCGAAGAAGGAAGAUCUUCGGAUAUCCGUAAUGGCCAACCAACUGGCCCUCGCCCAUCUGAGUCAGGUAGUAAUGGAUCUCCUCGGACCAGCCCACAACUUCUUUGCCACUCACGCUGACCUGCCCUCGAGGCCGCCCCCUUCACUAGAGGAACUGGACACCAUACUCGCAGCUGUGAGAGGAUUUGCAGCCCCCAAAGGCUACUCCAGCAGAGACCAAUAUGCUGCACUCCCAGGACAGUUUCCAUGGCUGGUGAGCAUCCGAGUCUCCAACUCUGAAAUGACCAAACAUCUGUGUGGGGGCACACUUAUCUCCCCUAAUUGGGUAGUUACUGCUGCACACUGCCUCAAUAGUGAGAAGACACCAUCUUUGGAGGUGAGUGAAAAGGAGGAAGAGGACCUUGGUGUUUGUGGUUAA